AUUCCGAACCACUGCCCUCGACCCCAACCUCGAAGCUCGCACACGAGCCGCUCGACGUAGUCCCUUGUUCACUCCGCCGCAGUCGCGCGCUCUUUGUUCUCUGCCACUGACGCCCAUUGAUAAAUCCAGAAACGGCCUGCGCGUUCACUCUCCGACUUCCCCGCACCACACCGCCCGACAAACAUGGCCGCCGCAGAGAGCUCCUCGCCACCCGCCGCCGAGGCCUCGAAGCCCGUCGAGUCCACCGAGACCACCGCUGAGUCCACUCAGGCUCCCACUGCCGAUCAGCCCGCUGCUGAGAAGCCUGUCGAGAAGCCCGCCGCCGACCAGGUUGACGGCGCAGGAUCGCCAGGCAAUGGCAACCCGCUUGCUGACACGGAGCUCAAGGUCGAGGUCAAGCUUGCGGACCUCCAAGCUGACCCCAACAAUCCGCUGUUCUCUGCUAAGACCUUCGAGGAACUUCAAUUGUCCGAUGAGCUGCUGAAAGGCAUUCACCAAAUGAACUUCCGCAAGCCCUCAAAGAUCCAAGAGAAGGCCCUUCCGCUGCUCCUGAUCAACCCGCCUCAGAACAUGAUUGCCCAGUCGCAAUCCGGAACGGGCAAGACGGCCGCUUUCUCGCUGAACAUUCUCUCGCGGAUCGAUAUCAACAACGUCGCGCCACAAGCCCUCGUUCUCGCGCCGAGUCGAGAGCUCGCUCGUCAAAUUCUAGGCGUCAUCUCUCACAUGGGACAAUUUAUCGAGGGUUUGAAGACGAUGGCAGCCGUCCCAGACCCCUCACGCCGCGGGAUGAAAUACGAGGCUCACGUCCUUGUUGGUACUCCGGGUACCGCAAUGGACAUGAUUCGGCGGCGCCUCCUCGACCCCAGGAGCAUCAAGAUCCUGGUCCUUGACGAAGCUGACAACAUGUUGGAUCAAGGUGGUCUUGGUGAGCAGUGCACGCGUGUCAAGGCACUCAUCCCGGGUAGUUUCCAGACAGUGCUGUUCUCCGCGACAUUCCCUGACCAUGUCAUCAACUUCGCACAGAGGUUUGCACCAAACGCCAACGUCAUCACGCUUGCUCACGAGGAACUUACCAUCGAGGGCAUCAAGCAGCUGUGCAUCGACUGCCCAUCGGAGAGCGGAAAAUACGAUGUGCUUCUCAAGUUCUACGGUCUUAUGUCUCAGGCUUCAUCAAUCAUCUUUGUCCGAAAGAAGCAGACCGCUGAAGAGCUCGAGGCGCGCAUGACUGCAGACGGACACAAGGUUGCCCAACUUAGCGGCAACCUGGAAGGAGAUGCGCGAGACCGGGUCAUCGACGCCUUCAGGAAUGGCGAUGCCAAGGUACUCAUCACCACCAAUGUCCUUGCGCGUGGCAUCGAUGUUCAAUCCGUUACUAUGGUCAUUAACUUCGACGUCCCCACGAUGGCUAACGGCCGCGAUCCGGACCCCGAAACCUAUCUCCACCGCAUUGGUCGAACCGGUCGCUUCGGACGUGUCGGAGUCGCUUUGACGCUCAUCCACGAUAGGCAAACCUGGGAGCAACUCCACGCCAUUGCCGACUACUACAAAACGGAGGUGCUGCCGCUGCCCUUGGACGACUGGGACACGGUCGAGGAGACGAUCACCAAGGUUAUCAAGAACUCGCGUGCGGGCAAGAGCACGAUGGAGAUGACGAAUUAGGUGGAAGAAUAGGAGGAAGCGGGUGAGAUGCCACGAAGGAGACUCCAAGGUCUGUGUCGAGGGCGAGAAUUUACGGAUCAUGACGGUGGACGAAAUAAGCACGGGACAGAUAAGGCUUGGUCAAAACGAUCGCCAUCUAACAACAUCGCGCAGAAGGCGAUGUUUUUCAGCUCAGUACAUAGAUCCGAGCAAUUUACGGUACUUAAUUGAGAUACCCA